AUGGCAAAAGUAAUAGUACAAAUCAUCGUUGUAGGAACGCAGAUCGUAGGUAAAGCUUUUGUCGAAGCAUAUAAACAAGCCGUAGCAAACGCGGCGGCCGGAGGUAGUGCCACGUCACGAAUGGGAAAAGAUUCCUUGUCAAGACGAACAGGAAUGUCAUUAGAUGAAGCAUAUCAAAUAUUAAAUCUUAAAAGGGACGUCUCAAAUCUUUCAAAGAAUUAUGAGCAUUUAUUUAAAGUAAAUGAUGCAACGUCCGGCGGAUCAUUUUACUUACAAUCAAAAGUAGUAAGAGCAAAAGAAAGGAUUGAUAUGGAAUUGGCGGAGGCCAAGAAGGAGAGUCAAAAACCACAAGAUAUCAAUGAACAAUCAUCAUCACAAUCAGCUUCUAGUAAUAGUUGA